ACAGUCAAUGGUUACAGACACAAUGGCAUCUCCAACCCCUCUGUCCAAGGCCAACACCACCUUCUCUCUGGCUUUGCUCAAAAAGUUUGGAGAUGACGACAAGACGGCAAACAUCUUCUACUCCCCUUUCAGCAUCUCUUCAGCCCUGGCUAUGGUGAUGCUGGGGGCCAGAGGAAACACAGCCACACAGAUGUCAGAGGUCUUCUGCUUCACUAAGGCAGAGAAGCCACGGCAUGGAGCAAAGCAGAUGCAGGGGCAGCAGCAGCAGGUCCAGUCCAGACUGCCAGCGCAUCUGCUGAAGGGGUGCGUGAAAACCAAGGAUUGUCAGGAUGAUGUCCAUGUUAGCUUUGCCCAACUGCUGAGUGAGCUCAACAAGGCUGAUGCUCCGUAUGCCCUCAGUGUUGCCAACAGGCUGUAUGGGGAGCAGUCCUACCAGUUUGUUGAGGAUUUCUUAGGAAAAACCAAGAAGCACUACAAUGCAAAGCUGGAGACUGUUGACUUCAAAGCUGGCUCAGAGGCCGCCAGGCUCAACAUCAACAGCUGGGUGCAGAAGCAGACUCAAGAUAAAAUUAAGGAUCUGCUGGGCAAAGGUGUGGUGGACAGCCUGACCAGGCUGGUGCUGGUUAAUGCCAUCUACUUCAAAGGCAACUGGAACAGGCAGUUUGAGAAGAGUGCCACACGUGAUACUCAGUUUAGACUAAACAAGAAUGACACUAAGCAAGUGAAGAUGAUGCACCAGAAAUCCAAGUUCCCUUUGACCUACAUUCCUGAAGCCAGCUGCCAAAUCCUAGAGUUGCCUUACAAAGGGAAGGAGCUCAGCAUGCUCAUCUUUUUACCCAAUGAGAUGGAGGAUAGUACAACAGGUCUGGAGAAGCUGGAGAAGCAGCUGACCUAUGAGAACUUUAUGGAGUGGACUCGUCCAGACAUGAUGGAUAAUGUUGAGGUCCAGGUGGGGCUGCCUCGGUUCAAGAUGGAGGAGACGUAUGACAUGGAGGAAGUCCUGGUCAGCAUGGGCAUGGUGGAUGCCUUCGACCAAGCACUGAGUGACUUCUCUGGCAUGUCUCCUGCCAACGACCUGGUACUGUCAAAAGUCAUCCACAAGGCUUUUGUGGAGGUCAACGAGGAGGGAACUGAGGCUGCUGCUGCUACUGCUGCUGUCAUGAUGAUGCGCUGCAUGCCCAUGCGUCCAACCACGUUCAUCGCAGACCACCCCUUCCUCUUCUUCAUCCGACAUAACUCCUCCAUGAGCGUUCUCUUUGCUGGCCGAUACUGCUCCCCUGAGUGAGCAAUACAUCGUUUAGAGUAGUGUUUCUCAACUUAAAGGGGGGUUACAAUACAUAUAGUCUUGAAACAGUAUACAAUUGUAUUUGGUAUUACUAUAAAAAUGUUGAGAAUAACAGCCCUAGAGUUUUACUACUAAUCACACCCUGAGUUCCCGUCCUAUAUUUUUAACACCAGAAUGAUGAGUAAAAUCUGCGGUGUUGAAAGAAGCUGUGGCUUCUUGUUUGCAUCACUUCUUACAUUCUGUGUUUAUCCUGAACAUUAGGUUCUUGCAUUGUUUAUAUUUUGCACCUAAUAUCAUCCUAUGUUCUGUUUACUUUAUGCAUGGCCCUCUUUGCUGCAUCCUCACACCCUACCCUAGUUAAUCUAUACCGGUAAAGUCUAGUUUGUCUUAUCUUAAACCUUACACCCUUUGCCUUUAUCACAAUUUCUAUUAUGCCUCUUUUUUUCAACUGCCAGACGUCAACUGUACCAUAUUAAUAUAUGAUGAUUGCAGAUUCUCUGCACUUUAUCUACAGAACAUGCAAUGUCAGCCUUUAAUAUAUUCAGUUAACCAAAGAGAAUAAUGUGAUGAAAUCACAUUGUCAGAAAGAUAUGAACUUGGUAAUUAUUGGAAUUGUAAUCAACAAAGUGCAGUUAUUUGUAAUUGUACCACUAUGCAUAUAAUUAAUUUAGACUAUAGAACAAGAGCUUAUAUGAAGGUUUGAACUGGUUUUGAAUACAGGACAUUUUAUGUAUGCUUAAUGCUAUUACAUAUGGAAUAAAAGUGUGUGGUU